UGCUGUGCUGGCUUUGCCGCCGGAAUGGAAGAACUGAGGGAACAAGGCUCAGGCGGCACAAUGCAUGCUGUAGCAAGGACCCUUGGCUUCUCUGAUGUGGACAACCGUCAUUGGAGGAUACCUGCAUACAGGAUGCCUGCAAUGCUUCGCCGCACCGAAGCAUUUCACCUGAUACAUAUCAACAAGGCUGUGUUCGCGUUCGUUCUGGUAGAGAGGCUUCUGCCUGAUAAGUCUCUCCCGACGAGAACUUAUAAUUCUCGGAGGCGCUCCGAAUUCACCGCUGUUGUUGUGGUGGUUCUCUGGCCAAUAUUAGACAUACAUUUACAUUGAAACAAUGCAGCCUUCAGAGUGCUCUACUGCCGAAAAGGAGCUCGUGUAUCAACACUGCAAAGGUGCCUUUAGAUACCAAAAUGCAAAGGUUCGAACGAAAAAGAAAAUCAGAGAUAUCCUCAGGCAACAAGACGGCAAUCAUGCAAUCAUGACCCUUGGAUGGGGAAAAACCGUGCUCAUAUUGGAAGAGCUCCUUUCUGAAGAAAUAUUUGAAUCUCAAAAUAAAGCAGAAGAGAAAUUUCCCCGCCUGUUUACCACACCAAAAGGGCGUGAGAUUGAAUGUCAAAAUUCGGAGCUGGAGGCCGCUGAGUCCGAGUACGAGGUUCUUGGAGAGCCAGAGGAGCAAAAUACUAUCCUCUCCCCAACUUCAACGACCCUAAGUCCCGCGACCAUGCCUGUGCCGUCUUUGUUCCCUAUGUAUCUUCCAUUCAGAAUUCAGCAUCGCAUUCUGACAUCCGCUCAAGCGAACUUGGAAGAGUGCUGCUAUAGUUUUGGCAGCAAAUAUCUGCCCGAUUGGAUGGAGAAAAAGGCUUGGGACUGCCCAGAAUCAAUUGAGCUCGAUGUCUGUGCCAAGCUCUUUGCCAAACGGAAAAACCGUACAAUCGAAAUCCCCGGUCAAGAGCCCUUGAGCUUUCCAGAUGCUCAAGCCAUGAUGGGCGUGGUCGAAUUGCGAAACCGUGCCGUACACCGUGAGCGUGUCAUGGCAGUGACGGUUAAAGAAAUGGUUCAAAAUGCCGUCAAAUUUGCGAAGGCUCUUCGUGAAGAUGGUGCUGCAGAUGCAACCCAGAAAGUAUACGAGAAGCUGGAGGAGAGUAUUGACGAAUUGCGUCGCGGCAAAGAGUUCCUCGAAAACCAAUUAUCUGAUAAACUUCAAGAACUCGACAGACGUCGAAAGGAGUUGGAUUGUCUGGAACAAGAAGCAAUCGAGCACAUGGUAAAUGAGGAUGCAAGGACAAGAGAUUGCCUUGGUUCAGCUUUAGAGAAUGCAUUGAGGGAAGUCAACAUGGAUGAGCUCGAGCAGCUAGAGCGGAGGGAUCCGUCUGUUGAAGAUCCUGCAGAGAAUGACGAGUGCAAUCGCGAUGAUGAAGCUGUGCAACGCAUGGAGAGUGACGAGACACAGAUCAGCUCCGAAGAAGCGCAACUAAACUGGUCAGACACACCUGAUGUCGUUGCGGAGACGGAGGAAGGUGUCUCCUACCCGGAGCCUUCUGAAGAUGCUGAGCCCACUGUGGAGGAUACGGAGCCUGCCAAGGAAGACCUUGAAGAGGCCCACCUCGAAGAUGUGGUCCCAGAACUAGAUGAGCGGCAUUCACAGCAAACAUUAGAUUGCCCGGUAGAAGAACCUUGCGAGCGGACUUAUGCAGAGGAAAGUCCACCAUCCGACGAGAUAUAUGAUGGCGAGAACUAUGCAGACUGGACCAGUGCUGCAGAAAGGCGACCUGAAGUGGACGACAAUGUGGCCGAAGAAGCUGCCUGCUUUGAAGAUGAUGUUAUUGGGGAUGAGCUACAAGUCGCCGACUCACCAGCUCGAGACGAAGAAAAUUUCCAUGGUGUUCCUGAUGUCGCAGAAAUUGACUGCUCUUGCGCUCCAGCAGAGUCCCCAGCAGAAGCGUACCCUGAAAAGGAAGAAAUUUCUUAUGUUUAUUCUGCUGCCGCAGAAGCUGAUUGUUGCUACCCUCCGGAGGAGUGUGUUGUCAGUGAAGAAAACCCAACAGCGCCGUGCUCUGAAGAAGAGCAGAAGAAGGAAGACGAAGAAGCUCAAAUGAAUUCACGUCUCGAUGCAGACCGACCUGCAGGCGAAGAGCUUUUUGCUCAACGGCCAGAUCCCUGGGGAGCAUUGGAUGAAAUGAAUACGCAGCCUUCUUUUGAGGAAAACGGGACGGCAUAUCCAAGUGACGAUGCCGGCCCUAGCGCGCCUCAUCUUCCUGUCGAUAAUGGAGAGUUACCAGUCGAAGAAGCUCGUGACAAUCUUGAGGCCCCUCUUUCUUGUUCACCUCCUCAUUCUCCGCCGCCGCCGGCUUUCACUGCCGAGUCACAACUUCUUGAACGGAAUGUAUUUCGAUUCGAAUAUGUACAUUCAAACGUCGCAAAAUUCGGCGAUCAACUAUGGGUUGGUCCUUUUUGCGCCCAUUGCCACCAGGAAUUGGUUUGUAAGAAAUUGGCUAAUAAGAACAAGAAGAACAAGAAAAUGCAAUGGAGGUGUCCUGAACAUGAUGUUUUGUACUCUGAUGAGCGAAUGUGGAAACCAUGGGAUGAACCGCUUGACCCAAGCAAGCCUGACAACGAAGAUUUUUCUGUCAAUGCAGAGUCAGUCGAAGAACCCGGGAAACCAGCAGAGCAUUAUGCUCCUAUCGAGCCCGAGAACUGCAUGGUCGAAGAGAAUCCCGAGCAAGAACAAACAGAAAUGGGCGAACCCGAAGUACCUGUUCAAGAAGCCAUGCCCGAGCCUCUCUCCAUGCAAGAAGACAACCAUCCCGACAUCUCAAAGGACACACAUCCCGCAGAAUACGCUCCUCCUCUUCCUCUUCCUCCUGACGAAUCCAACCCUCAAACCACGUCUCACAGCAAUCUCCAUGACGACACGACUCAAACCCAAGAAAGGCAAUUCACUCUAGUUCUCCCUGAUAGGAUUUUUCAGUUCUCGAAUACUGAUCUCAAUCCACAUGAUUUGUCUAAUGCCAUACACGCAUUCGUGCGCGGUUUGACUGCUAGUCAGACCCAGCAAACGACUCUGAGUAAUGCUAGCGCGGAGACACAUGCGGGUGUACAUAUAGAUGGAGAUGGAGAUGGGCGAGUAUCAAUACCACCGCCUGCAGGGCCGCUCGACGAGAUCAGUCGAGAUAUAACUAGACAAGAAGAGUCAAAGUGGCGUUCGUGGCUUUCUGAGCCCGAACAUAACGACAAUGCAGAGAAAUAUGCGAGCCGGCUUGGAGAUGGGGUUGAGGAUGAAGAAGGAGAAGGAGACGGAGAAGAGGACGGAGAAGAGGACGGAGAAGAGGACGUAUUCUACGACGCGGAAUAAUAUCGCCGCUAUUUUUCUUGUCAUUGUUUUUAUUCUUGUUAUUUUUUAUUAAGUAGUAGUGCUGGUGGUGUUGUUGUUUUUGUUGUCGUCAAGAACCUGUAUAUAGCGUAGAUAUCUGAGAAUCCCAGCAUAUAAAGUAUUGUCAGCCACUAACACUGGGGUCAGAUACUGCCACUGCCACUGGGCCUACAUCUUACAUCUCACAUCUCAAAUCUCACACCAAACACCAAAAAUCAUUUACCCCACAUGAGAAACGAAAGUAUAGAAGCGAAAUUGAAGACAGGGAAA